GCGGCAGAAAAGCGCCUGAUAUCCUCUUGAAACCACCACAAAGGAAUCCGCUCCAUUCUGUUAUCAAAGUGCUCUAGCCAUCUAUCAUCCUACUGUAGUUUUAUUCACAGUAAUGCUUCAUAACUAUGUCUGCGACCUCUAAGGUUGUUUUGGGAUUAUCGAUAGCGCUCACUAUCAGCACAGUUGCAGGCGUUCAUAUCAAGCAGAACUGGGACAGACAGAGGCUGCGCGAGGGAGUACUGCGGGAUCUGGAGCGCGUGGAGCGGAAGCGCGAGAACCUGCGCGUCCUCGAGGAACAGAUCCAGCUGACAAGAGAGCUCGUGGCCGAGCGAGAACGACGAGAGGCUGACACGGCGGGGACACACAGCUCAUAAGUCCGACUAGAUACACUGAUACAACAAAUCAUUAUUAUUUACAAUUAAUUUACAGUUGGACAACUAUUACUCGUGUUUUUCUCGCGAAAUACCUCGGUUUCUACAGUUUCUACAAUAGUAAAUUGUGGUAACUAAUCGUCACUGUCACUAAAAAACCCAAAACGAACAUUUGAUAAAUAAUAAUAAUAAUAAUAAAUGUUAUUGUUUUCGUUGUUUCUGGCCCAUGUAAUAAGGUUGUUAUGAUACCACCAUUUUAGAUACCACUGAAAUUUCACAAUGAUCAGUUUCUAUACCACCACAACUACUAGCAUAGCUAAUAAGAAGUUCAAACAUUAUUAAAGACAGUUACACAAAAUAGGAACAAUUAAACAAAAUAAUGCAAUAGAACAAAGAUACAAAUGAAAUGUCAAGCCCUUUAUCUAAUCACUUCCUCUUAUCUAUUAGGUGGAAGAAUGGACAGUGGGGACCAGAGGGGUCUCACGGCACAGGACGAGGAGACCAUGUGCACGUCAGCGUCUGAGGGCCUGGAGGAAGGCGAGGUGGAGGGAGAAACUCUCCUCAUUGUGGAAUCGGAGGACCAGGCGUCUGUGGAUCUGUCUCACGACCAGAGCGGAGACUCUCUGAACAGCGACGUCGGUGAGGACGGAGAGGGAAGCUGGAAUGAGGACAUGUCGUUCUACUGCGACAAGUGCCACAAAUGGAUCCCGGCCGGUGAGAAGACCAUUAACAAGGGACGACAUGUCUGAUACACCCAUAUGUGACCAGUUUAAGAUGUGAUGUCCAACUUGUGCUGCCUUUGUUGACUCAAUAAAGAAUUGUCUGAAAAAAGUG